UCUGACAGUCGCAAAGAAAAACAACUUCUUACAAUUUCCUUGACGUAUCUAAGGUUGAAACUACUGGGCAAAGAAAAGUUAACUUCACAGAACCUGCACUGCAUGGCUCUCACCUCCACAACUAAGGUAGAAACCAUCAAUUUGCCAAGGUAGCCAGCCGUACGGUGUUCCAGAGAUGGUUGUAUUGUGAUGAAUACUCUUCAAUGCACUGUAUUGCUGAAAAGGCGUUGACAAGCACCUCCAAAGUGGUUGUGCUAAAGAUAAUUCACGUACCCCAGAAUGGAAAAAAUAACCACCUUCUUUAACUCCAUUGGUGACGUGGUCAAGGCAAAACAUGAAGAAAAUCUUUAUAACACUAUCUGCCUGGCAGUGAUAUUAACUCUCCCAGUGCUACUUUUAUUACUUCUAGCCACUGUAUCUUGUCAUUUCUGCUGUUGUCGGACCAAAAAGAAUAAAACAGUCCAGCUCAAAGCGGGCAAAAAGAAAAAGAGGAAAAAUGAAGAAGAAGACCUUUGGAUUUCAAACCCUCAGACAAAGUCAAUAAUGCUGGAGAAGGUCCCGUCAUUUUCUGUAUAGUAUUGAAACAGUAUAGAACAAACAAAAAAAAACAAAAAAACAUUGACUAAUGUUUGCUUGUACGUCUGAGAUAAAAAGAGGACUUAAACGGUGGCCAAUGUCCUGCCGUGGACCAUACUACUGAUGAAAUCAAGGAUUGAGUUUUUGUUUGGAACCAAGACAACCAUUUUUUCCACGUCCACUUUGACUUGUCGUGAUUUGAAUGUGGGUUUCCAGUACAAACAUUUGAUGACAAAGAAGCUGCUCCUGACAGUCACUGUAGAGUUAUUGAGACUUUUAUUCCUUUUUUAAUAGUUUUAGUUGCCCAUUUUAAGAUCUUUUGCGUGUACAGUAGCAUCUGCCUAGCACUUCAAACAUAUUUGACUAUGACAUUUCAAAAAAAGCACAAAAACAAUCCUCACAUAUUGUCAUGCAGAACAAAACAUAACUCUUCUAUAAAAUUGCCAAAAAAAGCUUCAUGAGUAAUAUAGUGUGUCAAAUUAUUGAC